AUGUCUGCCAAGCUCGGGUGCAACGUCCGCGGCCUCAACAAGAAGGCCGCGUCCGCGCCCAAGGCUGUGGCCCGCACCGUGAAGGCCGCUGCCGCUUCCGGCGAGGUCCCCGACAUGGGCAAGCGCAACGUGAUGAACCUCCUUCUCGUUGGCGCCAUCGGCCUCCCCGCCACCUCCCUCGUUGGCGGCUACGCCUACUUCUUCGUGCCUCCCAGCGCGGGUGGCGGUGGUGCUGGCCAGCCCGCCAAGGACAAGAACGGCAACGACGUCAAGUCCAAGGAGUGGCUCAAGACCCACCUCGCGGGCGACCGCACCCUCUCCCAGGGCCUCAAGGGUGACGCCACCUACAUCAUCGUUAAGGAUGACGGCACCAUCGAGAACUACGGCCUCAACGCCGUGUGCACCCACCUUGGCUGCGUCGUGCCCUGGAACAAGGCUGAGAACAAGUUCAAGUGCCCUUGCCACGGCUCCCAGUACAACAACGAGGGUAAGGUGAUCCGCGGCCCCGCGCCCCUCUCCCUCGCCCUCGCGCACGCCAACAUCAACGAGGCGGACGUCGUCGUGUUCUCUCCCUGGACCGAGACCGACUUCCGCACCGGCCUCGAGCCCUGGUGGAAGUAA